UACAUAGAAUAGUAGUAGUGCUGUCGCAAUAGAGUAAUUUUCCCGCCAUGGUCGCAGCAAUGGAAGUGGACUCAGAGAGCAACCUUCUCCAGCGAAAACAGUCCCUCUACCAUUCUUUGGAUGAGAGUUUUGAUAUAGGGAAGGAGGUAUACAGGGGACAGCAGUACAGUCAAAUAUAUUAUGCUAGGCUCCAUUUGAUGCGUACUCUCCUUUACUCUCUCAUUCCCAAUUGGAAACCCCAUUUGCCUGUCCGUACUGUUCUGGGAUUAGAGGAAGGCAAAGAAUGCAUUAUAGUUGGGACACUCUACAAGCACAUGAAGCUAAAACCUUCUGUUCUCGAUGAGUACUCUAAAGAGAGAUCUUCUGCACCGCUUGUACAACGUCAUAACUUUACGCACCCAGAUGAUAAUUUAGUUCUGGAAGACGAGAGCGGAAGAGUCAAACUAAGUGGGUCUGUUCUUUUGCCAUCUAUAUGUGUAACAGGUAUGAUUGCUGCAUUGCAUGGAAAAGAAACUAGUGCUGGUGAUUUUUUAGUUGAAGAUGUUCUAGAGGCUGGUCUACCACAGCAAAUAGAGCGACCAAUUGACUUAGGUGAAGAUAAAUAUGUGGUUUUCAUAUCUGGUUUGAGUGUUGGGAAAAGCUCUUCUAGUCCUCUCCAAUUUCAACUUUUUGUUGAUCACAUCACUGGACAUUUAGGAGACGCAAAGGAACAAAAUAUUGCAGCUCAAAUAGUUCAAGUUGUUAUUGCUGGAAACUCUGUUGAAGUACCUCAUGGACUUCUCAAUGGACAGAAUCUGGGUUCAAAGGACCAGUCUAGAUUGUUUGAGCCAAUUAAAGAGCUUGAUAUUUUGUUGACGCAGAUUGCAGCAAGUAUACCUUUGGAUAUCAUGCCAGGGUCCAGUGAUCCAGCAAAUUUCGCCCUGCCACAGCAGCCUCUCCAUAGAUGCCUGUUCCCUGGAUCAUCAGCGUAUAACACUUUCAGAUCUUGCACAAAUCCACAUUGCUUUGAACUUGACAACAUCAGGUUCGUAGGUACAUCUGGUCAAAAUAUUGAUGAUCUUGGCAAGUAUUCUGAGGCAAACAGUAGUAUUGAAUUUAUGGAGAGGACAUUGAGGUGGAGACAUCUAGCACCAACAGCACCAAACACCCUUGGGUGCUAUCCUUUCACUGAUAAGGAUCCUUUCUAUGUUGAAACCUGUCCUCAUGUUUAUUUUGUGGGCAAUCAAGAUAAAUUUGAAACUCGCUUGAUAAAAGGAUCAGAAGGGCAGAUGGUAAGGCUUAUUUGCAUUCCCGGAUUUGCAGAUACUGGAAUGGCAGUGGUGUUGAAUAUAAGAAACCUUGAGUGCCAUACGCUCAGCUUUGCUACUCAAAUCUACUCAUAAGAGGAAGGUAUGAUGUAAUCGCCAGGUGGAUAUA